AUGAAAUAGCAAAAAAAGAUAAGGUAUAUGAUUAAUCAUAAAUUUAGAAAGACUCACCCUCGCAUUAUCUAAGUAAUAUAAAUUAUUAAGGAAGACUGUUUAGACUCAUGGGUGAAUACUAACGAGUAUUUAUUAUCAAAAUUCAGCCCUCCUUCUUGCGACAUCUCGUAGGCUCCAGGAUCGAUGUUGGAAUUUCUUUUAAAAUCUGAAUGA